CAGCUCAGCCCCUCCCAGGGGCUCCCAGCCACGGGCUGUGCUGAGACCACUCCCCGCCCAGACACCUGUGCGCAUACUCAUGCCCACAGAGAGCAGCAGGUGCACACAAAGACAGGCCUGCACAUACAGACGUGUGCACAGGUACAGACACAUGCUCACAGUGAUCAGGUACCACAUGCACAUUCACACACCUACGAGAGCGUUUUAAAAAGCUACAGGAAAUAUAAUUAGCGAUAAUGGCAUUUUUCACAAACUUCUUGAGGCCCCUCAGGUACACUCAUAUACACAUGUGUACACAUGUAUCUACUAACACAAUACACACAGUGUAUGCAUGUGCAUCCACCCAGAUCACCAUACACACACAUGUACAUAGAUGUGCUGCGUCUGGCGCCUCCCUGCCCUUGCCCCACUUCCUGUGUCCAGCACAUGGUCCCACCUGCCAGGGACCCAUUGCAGUGGCCCUGGUGUUGCAGGUUGAAGAGUCUGGGCUGGGCCAGCACGGCUGCACAGGGCCGGGGCAGGGGAGCUGAUGGUCUUCUCUCUCACCUCCAGAUGCCAGCCUGUCGAUCUCUCUCAGCCCACCAACCAUGUACUGCCAGCCUCCCUCGGGGAUUCUGAUUGAUCGCGAGCUGCUCAGGCAGGAGCUGAACACGCGCUUUCUGGUCCAGAGCUCGGCACGGCCUGGGGCUCCCCUGGGCCCAGGGGCGCCGCUGCGGGCGGAGUUCCACCAGCACCAACACACACACCAGCACACACACCAGCACCAACACUCAUUCGCCCCCUUCCCGCCCGGGCUGCCCCCGACGCCGCUCAUGCCUCCCGCCGCACCCCUGCCGUUUGACAAGUAUGCCCCCAAGCUGGACAGCCCCUACUUCCGACAUUCCAAUUUCUUCCCGUCCUACCUUCCGGCUGCCCCAGGGAUGCCCGCCCUGCUGCCGCACCCCAGCCCCUUCGGGUCCCUGCAGGGCGCCUUCCAGCCCAAGACAUCCAGUCCCAUUGAGGUGGCAGGCCGGGCCAGCGCUGUCCAUGCUUUCCUGCAGAAGGGCCCCUCGGUGCCAGGCCAUUAUCGAGCAGUGGCCAGGAAGCCUGGGAAGUGGUGUGCGGUCCACGUGCAGAUUGCCUGGCAGAUCCACCACCAUCAGCAGAAGUUAAAGCAGGUGCAGCUGGACCCUCACAAGCCAGAGAUGGGUGCCAAACUGGACCUGUUCAGUAGGCCCCCGGCCCCAGGUCUGUUUGCCGGCUUCCACUGCCCACAGAACCUGGCUCGGCCCCUCUUCUCCAGCACUGGUGUCCUACACCCUGCCACCAGCCCAUUCGGACCCUCUGCCCAUCACAGUAGCUUCCUGCCCACCAGUCACCUAGCAGACUCUCUCAGCAGAUCAAGCACCUUUGCCAGCCUGGGGAAUGCUGCUUUCGGGGGCCUGGGAGGCCACACACUGACAGCCAGCGGCAUCUUUGCACACAAGGAGGGCCCAGCUCUGCACGGCCUGCCCAGCCCCCAUGAGGCCUGGAGCCGGCUGCACCGCACGCCACCCACCUUCUCCAUGCUGCCCCCGUGGUCCAAGCCCCUGGAUGCGGAGCGUGUCUCCACCCUGACCAGUCACCACCAGGAGCCGGACAAGGGCAGGGAGGAACGGGACAUGCUGGAUAAGGCGCGACUGCUGAGCAAGGCUUCACCCAUCGCACCGCUGAGCCACCCAGUCAGCAGCCUCCUGCUCCUCCGGACCGGCAGCCUGGGUGGGCCCGGGGCCCCGGGUGAGAGAGAAGCGGCUGAGCCCCGGGUCAAGGAGAGCCGCUCUCCUGCCAAGGAGGACUGCGUCAAGGCUCUGACGCGCCCACAGUCGCCCUACAGCAAAGUGGCCCUGGGGGACAGCCUGCGCCUGACCGGCCUGCUGGGCCGCCAGCCUGAGCCCGCGGUUGCCACGCCGCCCCAGGCCGACGUGAAAGUCAAGGAGGAGCGGCGCGAGGAGGUGGACGCGCCCGUGCCGGGGCCCCUGGCCGGCCGCGAGCGCACAGCCUUCCCGUGGGAGCCGCGCCGUGCCUGCCCCGCCGUGCCUGAGCCCACCGAGCGCGCCUACCGGGACCGGGAACCGCACGACUACAGUCCCGAGCGCCGGAGGACCGCGCGCCACCUGCCUGCGCACCUGGGUGCCCACCUGCCGCCCCCCGGCCCCGCGCUCGACCGCGCUCCGCUGCCGCCACUGCCCUCCCCACACUGCCCGCGCCUGCUGCCCGCCGCGCUCGACCUGGAAGUCUGCCAGCUCCUGCCCAUGCCCCAGGUCCUUGACACCUGCUCAUCUGUCUCCUGA